AUGGUGAUAUACUCCACUGUUUGUGUUUGUCAGGUGAACGGCGGCAUUCAGAAUCGGCUGGAACAAGAAGUCCUGCACUACGACUACCACGCCUCCUUCUUCGACAUCUUUCUGCUGGCAGUUUUCAGGUUUGCCGUCCUCAUCCUGGCCUACGCUGUCUGCAAGCUUCGUCACUGGUGGGCCAUCGCGAUCACCACUGCAGUCAGCUGUGCUUUCCUGAUUGCUAAAGUCAUUUUGUCGAAGCUGCUGAGUCAGGGGGCCUUUGGGUACCUGCUGCCCAUCAUCUCCUUCGUUCUGGCCUGGAUAGAAACGUGGCUGCUCGACUUCAAGGUCCUGCCUCAGGAGAUCGAAGACGAAAACAGACAUCAGUCCAUCAUAGAUACAAGUAGGGCUCCUCUCCUGGGUCCAGGUCCUUUAUCUGAUGGGCAGUUCUACUCUCCGCCAGAGUCUUUGGCAGACUCUGACGAGGAGCUGGAUGAUAAACACGAACCUGAAAAAGGGCUCAUUACACAAGUGACUUAACAGGAUCUCCGAUCCUGAACAUGGAGGGAUUUUUGGGUCCUCCAGCGUUGUGCUACUGAGG